ACCUGAGCAGAAGAGGAUUUGCUUCAGUCCCAGGGUUGUUCUUCUGGCCUUGCACAGAUUUUAACUUGGCGAGGAUGAAGAGUGUCGUGAUGAUCAUUCUCACGUCUGCUCUGGUUCAAGCAGGUUUAAAGGAAAUGUGUCCACACGAAGGCUACUGUGUCACUUUAGAUGAUGGAGUCAUAACUGCAGAGAGUGGACUCUGUGUGGAGAUUCCAUGCUCCUUCAAGACUCCUCAGAGCUUCACUCCUCAACACAUGCUUUGGUUCAGAUGUGAACAAAGGCAUGAAAGGUGCGACUCUUCAUCAAACCUGAUCUACUCCACUGACAGCAGCUCAGCCAUCAGGGAAGAAUUUGAAGGACGAGUGUCACUGUUGGAGUCUGAUGUGAGUCAGAGGAACUGCAGCAUCAUCAUCAACGACCUCUCACUGUCAGAUUCUGGAUGGUACCAGCUCAGACUGACCAGCAAAGACAAUGGAUACACAUAUGGGACGAAGCAAGAGAUUUCUGUCAGAGGUCUGAGGCAAAAGCCCACCCUGGAUGUCCCUCGACUGAAAGAGGGUCAGCUGACAGCACUGACCUGCACUGCUCCUGGACUCUGCUCCGGAUCUGAGCCCACUAUUAGCUGGAAGUGGGAAGGCAAAGGGAAGAGUCCUCACCUGGUUGGAGGAAACAUCACUCUUCAGAAGAGUGUUUCUCUUGGUGCUGUGAGGAGACAGUACAGCUCUACUCUGAUAUUCAGCGCUUCUUCUGAGCACCACAGCAGCAGCAUCACCUGCACUGUUGUCUUCAAACACGGUGGGAGCACAGAGGAGAAACAGACUCUUGCAGUGCAGUACCUGAAGAGCGUCACCAUCACUGGACAAACACUUGUGAGGCAGGGUGAGACUUUGUCUCUGCACUGUGCUGCUGACAGUUUCCCUCCGGUUCUGGUCCAAUGGACCAAAGGCAAGACGUCAGAAGCUCUGGCUCGCAGCACUGGAGAAGCUGCCUUGAUGAUCCCAGCCGUGACUAAAGAGCAUUCUGGGCCGUACAGAUGCACUGCAGAACAAGGAAGUAAACAAGUGAUGGAGGAGGUCCACGUUAAAGUCAAGUGGUUUGCUGGGAUCUUGAAUGGCUCUAGAUGUGAGCAGGACUCGGCAGCUCUCACUUGUGUCUGUGGCAGUCAGGGCCACCCCUUACCCUCCAUCUCCUGGCCGCUGCUGACCGACCACAGUGACUCUCACAUCCAGACCAACGUAUCAGGAGAUGAAAUCUGGAGCAGCUUCAGCGUGAAAGAUGGCCACAGUGUGAAGACUGUUGUGUGUGUUGUCACUCAUGAGGACGGAGAAACAAAGGAGGAACUUCCUGUUCUGAAUCAUGACAGUCUGUUCAAGUUUCUAACAGUGGAAGUCCUGGUGGCAUUUCUGGUGGGAGUGUUUUUGUCUGGGAUCAUCGUCUUUGUGCUGCAGCUCAUUUGUUGCAGAAACACAAAGAAGUCAGAGGGAGGACCCCAGGAACCGGAGCCAGCAUGGAAGGAUGUGCAUUACUCUACCAUCGACUUCUUUCACUUGAGAGGAAAAGGUCCCCACAAGGCACCUGAGACGACGGAGACAGAAUACUCUGAAAUCAAGAAGCAUGAUGUGACAACGGCUGCUGAAGACUCAGAAAAACACAGUGAAGAAGAACAAGACAAGAAUCCGGUUCUGGAGAGGCAAGAGACUGACCAGGAGAUGGCGCUGUAUUCCAACAUUAGUGAGAUCAGUCAUGGCACCAAGUGAAGUUGAUGUAAUACUCAAUGUUAUGUAUUUUGCCAUCAUCAUUUCUUUGACAUCCUCAUAAAAAAGGCUUCUUUCUGGACAGU